AGUACUAGGAGCACUCGCCUCCUGCACUCUCCGGCCGCACUUUCACUUUUAUUGGGCCACGUUAUUCUGGUCGAAAGAGGUUCCGCCCGCAAAGCCCGAAACAAGCUUACGUGGUCCAAUGAAAAGGGAAGUGUUGGCCGGAGAGUGCAAAAGGCGAGUGCCCCUAGCACUGCUCAUUCAACAUAAUAUAAUGACUUACUUCUUGGGUGGUGAAAGGACACUCGUCUUCCGCUCCGCAAUACCAUUUUUCUGCUAUUGUCUUGACUCCGUACUGAUAAAUGGCGUCUUCCGCGGUGAAAGGACUGCCGACUGCCGACACCCAUCUCCGGCUCUCCAGCUCAAAAUCUGCUAUUGUAGAGUUGGUGAAGGUAUCUCCGGAGGUCUCUGCGGCUCUAUCCAACGGGCAACCUGUUGUUGCUCUGGAAUCCACCAUCAUUUCCCAUGGGAUGCCAUUUCCUCAAAAUUUGGAAACAGCUAAGGAGGUGGAGGCAAUUGUGAGGGAGAAUGGAGCAGUUCCUGCUACCAUUGCUAUUCUAGAUGGCAAACCAUGCAUAGGUCUGAAUGUGGAAGAAUUGGAAAAGCUUGCCCGUUUGGGAAGAAGAGCUCAAAAGACAGCACGAAGGGACAUUGCAUAUGUUGUCGCCACUAAAGGAAAUGGUGCUACUACUGUUUCCUCAACUAUGUUUUUUGCUGCCAUGGUUGGCAUCCCCGUGUUUGUUACUGGGGGAAUUGGGGGAGUACAUAGACAUGGCGAGAAUACAAUGGACAUUUCCUCUGAUCUCACUGAGCUAGGAAGGACGCCAGUUGCAGUCAUCUCUGCUGGAGUUAAAUCAAUAUUAGACAUUCCCAGGACACUGGAAUAUUUGGAGACUCAGGGAGUUUGUGUUGCUGCAUAUAAGACCCAUGAGUUUCCAGCUUUUUUCACUGAAAGAAGUGGGUGCAAGGUACCUUGCCGUGUGGAUACUCCAGAAGACUGUGCUCAGUUAAUAGAUGUGAGCUUUAAACUUAAUCUAGGAAGUGGAGUUCUCAUUGCCGUUCCAAUUCCAAAGGAACACUCAGCUUCUGGGGACUUAAUCGAAUCUGCAAUAGAGAGAGCCCUUAGAGAAGCUAGGGAAAAGAACAUUACAGGAAAUGCUGAGACUCCUUUCCUUCUCGCAAGAGUUAGUGAACUUACUGGCGGAUCAUCUCUUGCUUCAAUUAUCCUUUUAGAUGCCAUAUACAAUAAACAUUAUGUUUUAUGUUCUGCACAGAGAUUUUUCCUAUUCUGUAACAAAGCAUGUGAUGGUGAAUGGAUUCAGUCUAAUUGUUAUAGCAGCUGGCAUGACAAUUUUGCAUAUAUAGUCAAAUAAGUUGUGAGAUUGAUUCCUCUCUCUUUUAUGCUUUAACAUCUACUUUGAAUUGCAAACGCUGUUUAGUUUCUUAACCAUUGUUUUAGAUAUUGCACUGGUGAAAAAUAAUGCUGCUAUUGGUGCUAAGAUAUCUGUGGCCAUUGCUCAACUCAGAGGACAAUGUAAACGUGAUAUUAGGUCAAGAUUGUAGGGCAGCACUUGCCCUCCAAAGUGAUGAAGAGGAUUGCUAUGCAGAGAAGCGGCAGAUUCCCAACCAGCUUUGGUUAUCACCAUCUUCACUCAGCUGCAGACUCGUUGGAUCAAGUGGAACAAGCCUCCUCAUCCUAAGUUCUAACUAAACACAGAUGGUUCGUUCAUCUUUACCAUGACACUGUCUGCAAUUGAGAUGAUUCUUCUAAUAUAGUACUAAGGUAUCCCAUGAGAGUUUUAGAGAAAAAAAAAAAAAACAAGUCAACAAAACAUGAUUCGGUUGGCCAAAAAGAAAAAAAAAAGUUUCAUGCGCAUCAGGUUUGAAGACGGCAAAGAGCCACUCGGCCACCCGUUUUUGUCUCCAACUCUCCAUCAUGCUUUUGCACGAUUCCCAUUUCCCUCCCAUUAGAAGUUGAAAUGAAGUUUGGGGCUUUUAAGGACAUAUCAAAGUCCUCAAUUUACAUUGUGGGCCCUUGUUUUUUUUUUUUUUUAUUAGGAUUUAAUGCAUAAAAAAAUGAGAGAGAGAAAAUAUGGGCGCUUCUUCUCAUAAAAUUCCAUAUUCCACUGGUGGAGAGAACGACAACAAAUCAUAAACCGACAAACCCACCUCUCACGCAUUGUCGACAACGUUACCAUGAACAAGCUGGGAGCUUUAAAUGAUUUUG